UUCUUAACCAUGCAUAUGGGCAAACGACUAGUUUUGAAAACAUGAUAGAGUUAUGAGUUAUGACCAUCAUAUGUGAUUUGUGAAUAGUAAAAAGAGGGUGUCUUAACAAGGUGAGCCGAGGAGUGAGAAGCCAAAAACUUGAUAAUCCCGAUUCAAUUGAAUUGAAUUGAGAAUUGCUAUAGAUCUCUUCCAGAAUUUUAAUUCGACUGUGAAUUUGGUGCAUUCAGUCGGUCCAAAAAUGAUUCAGUUUGUGGUUCUUAUAAAUCGACAAGGGAAAGUGAGAUUGACAAAAUGGUAUUCACCUUAUGCACAGAAGGAAAGAUCAAAGAUUCUCCGUGAGCUGAGUGGAUUGGUUCUCGCUCGUGGUCCAAAGCUAUGUAACUUUGUGGAUUGGAGAGGAUUAAAGGUUGUUUACAGAAGGUAUGCUAGUUUGUAUUUUUGCAUGUGCAUUGAUCAGGAUGACAAUGAACUGGAGGUUCUCGAAAUGAUCCAUCACUUUGUUGAGAUUCUAGACCGAUAUUUUGGCAGUGUCUGUGAGUUGGAUUUGAUCUUCAACUUUCACAAGGCAUAUUAUAUACUUGACGAGAUUUUAAUUGCUGGUGAGCUGCAAGAAUCGAGCAAGAAAACAGUUGCGCGGCUAAUUGCUGCACAGGAUUCACUGGUCGAAGCUGCUAAAGAACAAGAAAGCUCAAUCAGUAAUAUUAUUGCACAGGCCACAAAGUAGGCUGCUGUCAACUGUGAGUCUCAUAUUAAACCACCAGAUAGAUAUCCCAGGCCAAAAUCUAGUGAGGUUGUGAUCAUUGUGUGCAAGUCUCUCUUUUAUAGUGUAUUGUUGUAGCCGGAAGUUACUGCUGUUACAUAGAUGUUUCAUUCUUCCGAUCAAAAUUUGCACUUUCAUAUAUUUUACGAUUUUUGUAAUGCUUUUUCUUCUUCCAUUUUGAGGCAAUGUGAAUUUGUUACUGUCUUAUUGUUA